UCACAUAUAUGCGGCCGUGCGGGCCACGUUUUGCACGGGCACGAGAGCCCAUUCAUUUGAAUGGACUCUUGUUCCCCCUGACACGAAGGAAAGAAGUCCCUGCACUUCUUGUGAAAACGCAGCCCACAAGGGAACUUCGGUUCCCAGUACGGUUGCGUUUUCCAGUGCGGGUGGAGUGCCAUUAGAAGUAAUGGCACCCGCCCGCAGGUCCGCAUUCCCCUUUGUGGGUGGUGCGGCUGCACAGAUUUUCGUGCGGAUCCAUAGUGGCACCACCCGCACAGACGUGAACCUAGCCUUAG